UUAUCCAUUUCCGCCAUGGGAGUAGCUUAGUACUCCGUAGUAACAGACUAGCAGCACUGCAGCAAGAGGCAGCAACAUAUCCAUUUCUGCAAAAGGGAAAAAAAAUGCUACUCUCCUUUCUCUCUCCUCUCCACCUCUCUUCCACCGCUCUCAUUCCUCACCGCCGCUUCACUUCCGCCGCUCUGCGCACCCAGCCACCACCUCCUCCACCAUCAGCACCGCCACAAUCACCACCCAAUUCUCUCUCCUUAAACCCUAACAACCUCAAUUCUUCAGCUCCUCCUCCCUCUCUCUCUUGCGCUCUUCAAUGUCCUCAUUUUCAGUCCUGUUCAGGUUGCACGCACGAGUAUGACCUCCAUCAUCCAAGUGUAGUAGACGAGGCUGCUGAGUUUUUCAAGCGGCACGGUGUCUUCGAUUUCACUUUCGACAGUUGUAGAUUGUAUGGUUGGAGAUGUCGGGCGAAGCUUGCUGUUCGUGGUUCAUCAGCAAACCCUUUAAUCGGUUUGUAUGAGGAGGGUACCCAUAAUGUUGUGGACAUUCCCGAAUGCAGAGCUCAUCAUCCCAACAUUAAUGCAGCUGUUGAGCUACUUCGAAAAGGUAUUGCUGAACUGGAAGUAGAGCCUUAUGAUGAAGACUUGGGGACGGGUGAACUACGAUAUGUGCAAAUGGUCGUGACAACACAUAUGUCCUCCCUUCCAUUUUCUGAAAGAUAUAGAAAUGGUAAAGUGCAGGUGACGUUGGUUUGGAACUCAAGAAGUGAAACCACACCAAACUCUGAAAAACUAAAUUCUUUGGCCAAUUUUCUAUGGACAAAUGGUGGCCAAAGGAACAAAAUUAAUCUAAUUCACUCCAUUUGGGCUAAUUUUCAGACAUCAAGCAGCAAUAUUAUUUUUGGCAAUAGAUGGAGACAUCUUGUUGGUGAAAGAGACUUUUGGGAGCAUGUUGGCGGAAUUGAUAUCUACCUGACUCCUUCGAGCUUUGGACAAGCAAAUACGCGGGCCUUUGAUUCAUUGCUCCGAAAGCUACAUAAGUAUGUUCCAUAUGGUUCAUCAGUAACUGAUUUGUAUGGAGGAGCUGGUGUUAUUGGAUUAUCGUUAGCUGUCACAAAAAAAUGCAGAAGUGUCAGGUGUGUUGAGAUUAAUAAGGAGUCAAAGCACUGCUUUGAGAAGACAGUCAGCCGUUUACCAAAUGUCGGUGAUAGCAACAUGAGCUGGCACAAUGUAGAUGCUUCUCUGGAACCUCUUUCAUGGUUGAUGGGAUCUGAUGUAGUUGUGGUUGAUCCUCCCAGAAAAGGGCUGGAUGAUUCACUGAUUAGUGCAUUACAGAGCUUAUCAUCAGUAAAGCGUAAGGCGGUUACAUCUACCAGUUCUGCCUCAAAUACGAAAGAGGAAAAAAGACCGUGGGUCUUGCGAGAAAGGGAAGGUUCUGUCAGCAUACAAGGCUCAGCAAAUAGGUCUGAAAGUGAUCUGCUGCCUCAAACACUUGUUUAUAUAAGCUGUGGAUGGGAUAGCUUCAAAAAGGAUUGCAAACAGUUGUUAUCACACAAGGCUUGGCAUUUGGAUAAAGCUCACGGCUUUAACUUCUUUCCUGGAACAGAGAGUAUUGAAAUUUUGGCCAUAUUUAAAAGGGAUUCUGGGCUGACUCCUAAAAAAAAGGUAUCCAAGAUCAAGAAGCCUAAGAAAUCAUCACGAGGAUAAACAUGACACAAACAUGACACUUACUAUGCACUUGGCUCUGGUUUUUGCAUCAAGGUCUUGGAUAUCUUCAACUGCGGUCCAAGAUUGGACCUUGAGAAUGAUGUCAUUGAAAAAGCCAUUGAAUCAAGGUUGGAAUCAUACUUGACUUAUUCCUCUAUAUGAAUCUGGGUAUAUAUCUUCUGUGACAUAGAAGAAGAGUAAAGCCAGAAAGAGGAGGAAACCAUACAAGAAAUGAAAAAGAUGAGCAACGACAGCUUUUGUAGUAAAUGCUUUCCUUUAUAGGUAGUUAAUAUGUAUUAUUUGGGGAGCCUACACAAACUAUACUCAUGACAGUUCCUUGAAAUUUACAACCUUGUACAUGUUGUAUUAGAAAAAAGAAUGCAAAAUUGAGAACUGUGGAAAGAAUGCAAUUGCAAAUCUAUUGAUCUAAGGAGGCGAACUCUGCACAUCUGAGCAUUUGUAAGAACUCAUUUUUGCUUUUCUCUGC